AUGGACACGUCCACAUACAUUGCCAAUGGCGAAUGGGAUUUGAUUAGUUCUCCAGUAAGACGUGAAGUGUCAUACUACAAAUGUUGCCCAGAGCCUUAUCCAACUCUCAAGUUCCAUCUACAUUUGAAGCGCAAAUCGUUCUAUUAUAUCUUUAACAUAAUCGUCCCAUCGAUGCUGAUCUCUGGAAUGACUUUACUCGGUUUCUGUUUGCCACCACACGAUAUGAGCGAGAAGAUCGGUUUCCAAACGACUAUCUUAUUGUCGGUAUGCUUCUUUCUGACGAUUCUGUCGGAGAUGACACCCACAACCUCUGAAUCGAUUCCACUGUUAGGUGUGUUUUUCUCGUCAGUGACAUUGAUAGUCGCCAUGUCAACAACGUUUACUGUUUGUGUGCUGAAUCUUCGCUAUCGACAACACGCAAAUCAUAAAUGGCCACCUUUGAUUCACAUGAUAUUUGUGGAAUUUAUACCAUGGAUUAUGCUGAUGCAACGUCCAGGAUAUCGAUUUUCGUGUGCCAAAGCGUUGGAUGAACAAUCGCUCGACAACUCGGCGUCAUGUGUGCAGUGCGCUUCACGCAAUUGGGGUGAUCGACUGUUGGAUCAAUGUGAGGAAACCGAAGGCGGAAAUAAAGACGUUGUGCAAACCACUCUAGAACAGCUUCCAGGCGAGAAACUCGAAUUGACGCGAAAAGUUGGAGAG